AUGCCGCCGCCCUUCUUCCGAGUCCGCUACCUCUUCUUCCUGUCCUUCUUCUCCUCGGCAUUGGCAGUGACGCCAUCCCCUGCCGCCGCCCCAACGGUUGCCCCUGGCGGCUCCGCCGACGCACUUGCCCUCCUGGCGCUCAAGUCCGCCGUCGACCCUGACGGCCGCCUCCCCUUCAACAGGACUCCGCGGUGGCCCUACGCUCAUUGCCGAUGGGAGGGUGUCCGGUGCUCCACGGUGGCCGGCGAGUGGCGGGUGACCCACCUCGUCCUAGAGGGACUGCAUCUCCGCGGUCGAUUCCCGGCUGCAGCUCUCGGUAGCCUCGGCCAACUCCGCCUUCUCAGCCUCAAGAAUAACUCACUCUCCGGCCCCGUUGGCGACCUCUCCAACCUGACCGACCUCAAGGCCCUCUUCCUCGACCACAACCGCCUCUCCGGUGGAUUUCCGCUCUCUAUCCUCCUCCUCCGUCGUCUGCGCACGCUCGACCUGUCCCAUAAUGCCCUCUCUGGUCGCCUCCCCGCCGCCAUCGCUUCCGACCUUGCCCGCCUGUACUGCCUCAGACUGGAAUUCAACCGCUUCACGGGACCCCUUCCCCCGUUCAACCAGUCCUCCCUCAUGGUCCUCAACGUCUCCGGGAAUGACUUCUCUGGCCCCAUCCCUACCACCGCGAUUCUCCUCAGCUUUGACCCGUCGGCCUUCUCCGGUAACCCGGGUCUCUGCGGGAAGGCCGUCAAGAGGGAGUGCCGGAACACUUUCUUCUUCUUCGGGAGCCCCGCCGCCGCUCCCGUUCCGUCGUCGGCUGGACGUCUAAUGGGGAUUCUCCUACCGGAGGGGGAAUCGUCGACUUCUUCACUUUCGGCCACCUGUAAGAAACACAGGAGGAUCGCGGCCGCGGUCGGAUUUGUCGCCGGUGCUGUUUUGUUGAUCGGGCUGGUGGCCCUUUGCGCCGCCGCGAGGAGGAGGCAGAGGAGGGUCUUCCUCCCCCAGAAGAUGUCCUCCGCAGCGAUGCCGGACGACGCCAUGGAAAUGUGCCACGCCGACGGCAAUACCUGCAAUGGCGGCGCAGAGGGAACCACUACCCUGGCCUCGGCAGCGGCAGCGGCCAUGAUGUCGGAGGAGAAGGUGAAGAGGAUGGGGAAGAGCGGCGGGCUGGUGUUCUGCGCAGAAGAGGAGAAGACUUACACGCUGGAGCAGCUGAUGAGGGCGUCGGCGGACAUGAUGGGCCGGGGAAGCGUGGGCACGACCUACAAGGCGGCGUUGACGGAUCAGUUGACUGUGAGUGUGAAGCGGGUGGACUCCGGGAAGCUGGCGCCGGGGGGGAGGGAGGUCUUCGAGCGCCACAUGGAGGCGGUGGGGCGGCUUCGCCACCCCAACCUCGUUCCCCUGCGGGCAUACUUCCAGGCCAAGGAGGAACGCCUCCUUGUCUACGAUUACCAGCCCAACGGGAGCCUGUUCUCUCUCAUCCACGGCAAGUCCCCCUCUCUCUCUCUCUCUCUUUCUCUCUUUCUCUCUCUUUCUCUGUUUCCCUCUCUUUCUCUCACUAGAGCUCUCUUCACCAGCGCGAAGUUCUACCGUUUUCCGUCGUGAGCGGUGAGAAGGAGACCAAACUGACCCGUGGGCCAGAUCACCUGAGGGAAUCCACAGUGGCCGGAUUUGAAUUCAAAUCUGGAAAUUCUUAGCAGUGACAGCCUGUUUCUCUCUCAUCCACUGCUGCCUGCAGACAUCUCUCUCUCUCUCUACCCCCAUCCCCCGGACUGGCUUGAAACGCCCGCCCUUUGUCUGACAGACGAAUGGUUAAUUUUCUUGCUCGACGGCGGAACAAAUUGGCGGACCCGGAAUCAAUCUAUAGGAUUACCUUCUUUGAAAUAUAUGACGGCCGGGAUCAGAUAUUGAGGAUCGAUCAUCUUGUCAGGGUCGAAGUCGGCGCGGUCGAAGCCGUUCCACUGGACCUCCUGCCUGAAGAUCGCGGAGGACGUGGCGCAGGGGCUGGCCUACAUCCACCAGGCCUCGCGGCUAGUCCACGGCAACAUCAGGUCCUCCAACGUCCUCCUCGGCGACGACUUCGAGGCCCGCCUCGUCGACAGCUGCCUCGCGCUGCUCGUCGAGCCCACCGCGGCGGGGGAGGGCGACGCCGCCUACAGGGCCCCGGAGAUGCGCGGCUCCGACGGGCGGCUCACCGCCAAGUCGGACAUCUACGCCUUCGGGGUACUGAUGCUGGAGCUCCUCUCCGGGAAGCCGCCGCCGCCGACGCUGCCGAGCCCCGCCGACGAGCUGCCGGCGUGGGUGCGGUCGGCGAGGGAAGACGACGCUGUGGAGGACGAGAGGGUGAUGAUGUUGCUCGGCGUCGCCGUCGCCUGCGUCCGGGCUUCGCCCGACAGCCGCCCCACCGCCUGGCAGGUCCUGAGGAUGCUUCAGGAGGUGAAGGAGGCCGACGCCGAUGACGAAGCUGACGUUGACGCCGCCGGUGGCUCUUAG